UUAAGGAAGAGAGGAGAGAAAGGGAGUGAUCAAGCUGCUCAACUCGUGUGUGUGUGUGUGUGUGUGUGUUUUUAACCUCCCUUUUCUCUCCUUCACCACCGGCUCCUAAUUUGGGAUUUGUUUAAAAUCAAGACUGUGCCUCUGGAAGACUUCUCCUUGCUGGGGAAAGGGAACACUGCUCCCUCUCUCUUUCUAUUGAACGCACAAACACACACGCGCACAAACAUUUCCUCCCCAAAAUGUCUGAUUCCACUGUCAACGCUCACUUGGAAGGGAUCAUAUCAGACUUUGAAGCACUGAAGCGGUCAUUUGAGGUGGAGGACACGGAUGCAUCCCCAAACCCAUCAUCACUCUCUCGCCGUACCUCUAACCCUCUCCGUUCAUCCACAUCCUCCACGUCCAGCCAGCGCAGCUAUGAUCUGAGCUCCCGCAACUCAGACUACUCCUCCUCCAGAUCUGCUGUCUCUGAGUCCUCCAAUCUACGUUCCCCAAAGUCCGGCAUGAGGCGCAUUGAGUUAUCAGGUCGUAACCCUGAUGCAGCCUCAUCCCGCCGGACAGAAAUGUCCAUCGAGGUCUCCUCCAAACAGAUUGACAACUCACCCAGCGCUGGCAUCGCCCGCUUUGGUCUCAAACGACCAGAGGUGAGCCUGAGCAGCCGGAGUAAUGCCCUGGACAGCUCCUCCAACUCCGUGAACAGGCGGGCAGAGUUCAGCAUGACAAGACCCCAAGAUCCCCCUGCCCCUCCCAGGAGGGUGGAUGCCCAGCUAUCCUCCACUCCUAUCUCUAGGAUUCCUGAGCCCCCUCAGAGAAGAGCAGAGCCCUCUUCUCCUCACCUCAGCCCAGUUGAUGGGUUCUCCAGGAGACCAGAGAUGCCAGUCUUCAGACAGCAGGACAGUUUGGUGUCAGGCAACGCAGUAGAGAAUAACCACCACACACCACCUGCACCUAUCACCCCUCUGCCAUCCCUGACAGAGCCACAGGUGGAGAAGGUGGUGUCACCUGUCACAGAGGUGCCCACAACCCGACCAACAGACAGACCAGAAGUGUUUCGCAGUAACAGCAGCAGCAGUGCCAUGUCUGAGGCAGUGGUGCCUGACACGAUGGUGUCCCCGGCGGUGUACGGAGAGAAGACCAGUGGUCCUGUCUUGGACUUCAGUUAUGUUGGUAUCGACGCCAUUCUGGAACAGAUGAGGAGGAAGGCCAUGAAGCAGGGUUUUGAACUCAACAUUAUGGUUGUUGGACAGAGUGGCCUUGGAAAGUCGACUCUAAUGAACACGCUGUUCAAAUCAAAAGUCAGCAGGAAGUCGGCGCUUGCUACAGCGCAGGAGAAGAUUCCCAAAACUGUUGAAAUAAAGUCCAUCAGUCAUGACAUUGAGGAGAAGGGGGUGAGAAUGAAGCUGACGGUCAUUGACACUCCAGGGUUUGGAGAUCAAAUCAACAAUGAAAACUGCUGGCAGCCCAUCAUGAAGUUCAUUAAUGACCAGUAUGAAGCGUACCUGCAGGAGGAGAUCAACAUCAACAGAAAGAAGCGGAUUCCAGACUCUAGAGUUCACUGUUGCAUAUACUUCAUCCCACCAACCGGACACUGUCUGCGACCUCUGGAUGUAGAAUUUAUGAGACGUCUCAGUAAGGUGGUCAACAUCGUCCCGGUCAUUGCCAAGGCAGAUACGCUCACACUGGAGGAGAGGGACUUCUUCAAAAAGAAGAUCAGAGAAGAGCUUCGAGCCAACGGGAUCGACGUGUACCCUCAGAAAGAGUUUGAUGAGGACGCAGAGGACAGGAUGAUCAAUGAAAAGAUCAGGGAGAUGAUCCCUUUUGCUGUGGUGGGCAGCGAUCAGGAGUACCAGGUUAAUGGCAGGAGGCUGCUGGGGAGGAAGACCAAGUGGGGAACUAUUGAAGUUGAGAACAUAGCCCACUGUGAGUUUGCCUAUUUACGGGACCUCCUCAUCAGGACUCACAUGCAGAACAUUAAGGACAUCACCAGCAGCAUCCACUACGAAAUGUAUCGCGUGAGGCGCCUCAAUGAGAACAACACUACGAUGGCUCAUGCCAACGGUAUCCAGGAACAUCAUCUGACCGCCCACGAGCUGUAGGCCCUACUAGCCCCGCCCCCGCCUGCAGAUUCAUGCAUUCAACUAUGAGACUUUGAUCUUCCCACCACUCCAGCUCCCGUCUCACAGGUGGGAUAGAAACACGCCCGAGGGACUUCAUUUUUAAUGACUCUGUGCGGCUUCAAGGACUCGACAUGUCAGUUUGACCUCUUUAAUGAUCCCUGCUCUGUUUGUUGCUGACAAAGACGGUGAAAAGAAGCCUUCGAGUUGUGCUGCAACUUCUUACAGAUCUCAGUUUGUCUGUGGCGCCAAAAUGUCUUUUUCUACCAAAUGGACUGGACUCUAACUUUGUGCCAGAUUUGCUUUAAUCACUAACAUUUUUGAUUUUAUUGUUUUGUUUGUGCAACUUAUAGGAGUUUGUGCCACAACAGAAGCAUUCUGUCCAUCGGCACCCACUUUACCACAUGUGUGGAAACUGGUGUUCAUUGCAUAUGAUCAUUGAUAAAAGCAUGUUGACAGAGUGUUGGAUAGUACUUUACCAACAUGCAUACAGCCAAAACAAUACAGCUCUUCUUGCACAACUAAAGGUUACCAAAUAGCACAUCAUGUUUGAUGUUUUUUUGUCACUUCUUUGGUUAAAUGUCCUUAUCCUAUUAAAUAUAGAUGUCAGGUCUUUUUACAAUCCCAGUUUUAAAUGUUUAUUAAUAGAAAUAUCUUUAGCGUGAUUUAAAAUGAAAACGUAUUUAUGCACGGUAUAAAAUGUGAAUGUUUUUCAUCAGCUGUGGUCCACUUAUUCAGAUUAUACAUCGCAAACUUGCUGACACGGGGAGUUUCCUGCUUUUUAGGCCCACUGUAGUGCCUUAUUUAUUGGAGAUUGUUUUGCUAGCAAACUGGAAGAGAGCGAGUUUUAAGUUCCACCGGAUAUACAUUUUUUUAAGCCUCCUGUGUCAUUUAUCUGAAAUAUUAUCCAGUCUUCCAUCGACCAGCCCACUUUGUUUGUAUUUACCACAAUGUACCAAGAACCUGUCUUUUAGCCGUAUCUUAUUCCCAAAGCUCUUUUAUAAUUGCCUCUGUUCUAAUACAAGUUUGUAUUUGUACUAUUGAUAACAAAUUUCCCUUUUAUUUUAAAGAAAUAAA